UAUUUUUUGUACGUUUGCAUUCAGUGAUGUUAUUUUCUUGCUGAAGAAGGGAACUUCAACUAUUUCCACUGCUGGGUAUUAAAAAAGUGUUAACCACACAGAGUCUAAAAGUGUGUGUUAUACAGAGUUCAUCAUUCGUCUGCUGCUGAUCUGAUGAGCUUCAACACGAUAUAUUUGACGCUGAUGUCGGUCAGAAUGGCUCCUCGUCUUCCUCUGAUCUUUCUGCUCAUGAUUCACGUGGUUUCUGCUGGUUGGGGUGUGAGUUACAGUCCUUCACACAUCUGUUCACUAAAGAACUCAUCAGUGAUAAUGAGCUGCACUUAUACAUACCCUACUGGAUAUAAGAUUGAGAAAGUGUUCUGGACCAAAAACCCUAGAGAGGGUGAAGAGCCUCCAGAUCUGUCUGUGGAUCCUGAAUACAGUCAGAGGCUUCAGUAUCUGGGAGACAAACAGCAGAACUGCACCAUCAGACUGAGUCAUGUGACACAGAAGAACCAACACAUGUACUAUUUCAGAUUCACAACUGAUAAACCUGAUGGAAAAUGGACUGCAGAUCCAGGAGUGACUCUUACUGUCACAGAUCUUCAGGUGGAGGCUCCUGAGAGAGUGACAGAGGGUCAUAAUGUCCGUCUGACAUGUAAAAGCAGCUGCACUCUGACUGACAGAGCAACAUUCAUCUGGUACAGAAACUCACAGCCAUUAACUGAGAGAAGAGACAGAAACAAUCAACUCCUGCUGCAGUCAGUCAGAAGAGAGGAUGCAGGCAGAUACAGCUGUGCUCUACAUGGACACACUUACAUCUCUCCUGCUGCUCAGCUCACUGUCACCUAUCCUCCAGAGAAUCCUGUGAUCUCCAUCAGUCCAUCUGUAAUAGUGGAGGGAGAUUCAGUGACUCUGAUCUGCAGCAGUGAUUCAAACCCUCCUGCUCUGAACUUCAGCUGGUUUAAAGGAGGAAUGUUUGUAGGAUCUGGAAGAAUCUACAGCAUCUCAAACAUCAGCUCUGAUCACAGUGAAGAAUACAAGUGUAGAUCCAUCAAUGAACAUGGAGAGAAAUACUCUGAUGCUGUGACUUUAAACGUCACGUAUCCUCCCAGGAACGUCUCAGUGUCUAUAACUGGAUCAGGUGUAAUAUUGGAGGGAGAUUCAGUGACUCUGAUCUGCAGCAGUGAUUCAAACCCUCCUGCUCUGAACUUCAGCUGGUUUAAGGAGAAUCAAAGCUCAGCUGUUGGAUCUGGACAGAGUUUCAGUGCACUACAGAGUGGACGCUUCUACUGUGAGGCUCACAAUCAACAUGGAUCUCAGAGAUCAGACGCUGUUACUGUCACAGUUCAUCCUGGAGCUGAUAGGAAUGUGAUUGUGAUCGCAGCAACAUCUGGAGGAUUAUUGACCAUCAUCAUCAUCAUCAUCAUAUGGUUUAUACUGAUGAAAAGAAAGAGUGUUAAAACUGAAGAUCUCACAAUGAAAAAGAAUGAUCUCUACUCUGAUGUUUCAGUUCAUGACGAGUCUCUUUCUGAACCCGAUCCAGUCAAUGAUGCUCUGUAUGCCAGUGUGAAACCCAGCACAUCCAGAGGAGAAACUCCUGAAUCCAGAGAUACUGAGGAGAUCCAGUACGCAGCUGUCCAAUAUCACCGAAAGAAAGAGAGGAACAGACCGGAAGAAGAUGAAUGCGAUCAAAUGUUCAAACUGUGGAAGAUUCAUCUGUGAUCUACAACAGCAUCAAGUGAAUGAUACAGACCAGUGAACAAAAAGCCUGUGCUCCACUCUUUAAUGAGCGAUUGUUGAAAAAAAAAAUCAAACCACAACCAUUAUAAACAUGUUUAACAUCCCCAUUAAGAUUAAUUUGUUAUUUUUUCAUCACAACAUUUUCCACCAAUUUGAAUUGAACAUUUCAUCUUCAGACCAUGUCAACUAAAAAGAAAUCAAGUCGAUCAUUCACAGCAUUUUCGAAUAAUGCGCAAAUAAAUUUGCCCAAGAGCUCACUUUUGACCGAACAUGCUAUAUUUUACGAAUACAUUGGUGUACUGUUACGAAACGUGGUAUCUCUUCAACGCCAGGCCCUGAAGGUGCUCAACAUUAUUUUGUGAUAGUAAUAAAAACUGUAAUGAAAUUUCAAAAUUUCAUUAAAAACAAAAACCUUGAUAUUUCUUAAAAUUAAUUUAGCCUAUCGUCAUGAAAUUGGAAAAAAAAAAUACUACUAGAGUAGAGAACUAAAAAAAGAGAAAACUAUAGUUAGGAAAAACUAGAGUAACUAAUAAAAGUAAAGGCCGAAGGCAAAUAAAUAAGGAAAGUAGUGAUGUGACAUUACACCGAACAUUGAAGCUUGUAUCCAAAGACACACAACAUCACAAAGUGAAGAACUGUACUAAAGCUUGAUUCAAUUUACCAUUUCGACAAGCUAAAAACUGUACAUGUCAUGUAUCUGUACAAAUCAGAAUCAGAAUCAGAAUAAUCUUUAUUUCCAGAUAUGUUUACACAUGAGGAAUUUGUUUUAGUGACAGAAGCUUCACAGCGCAACAGAAUGACAAAAACACAGAUAAGAAAAGAAUCAUAUACAAAUAGACAAAUAGACAAUGUACAAAAUAGCAAAAACAUGAAAUAUAAUAUAGACAAUUGUGUAUGUAAAAGUAUGAUAUGUGCAAAGUUGAAAUGUAAAAAAGUAGAAAGAACUAGUGACAGGAUGAGAUUUGGAUUUAUCAAUGCUGAUGAACUGUGACCUGUCUAAGAGAUAUGAACCUAGCCACUGUAAGACAGUAUCAGUAAUACCGAUCUCCAACAAACAAGAUACAGUAUCAGUACAGACUGACAAACAGUAUCAAAAUCUACUCAGGUCUAGAAGAACCAGAAGACUAAGGACAUCUGAAUCAUAAGCAAGGAGGAGGUCGUUCACAACUCUUAGUACACUGUAAACCGCGACAAGUUAACUUAACUCAAACCGUUUGAGUAAACAGAUUGCCUUGAUUUAAACCCUGUAAGUUUUAAAACUUUGCAUUCAAGUAAUUAAGUGAUUAACUAAGUGCU